AAAGAGGAGGGAGUCACUCAGAGCCUCGCUGACAUUCCCCAACGAGCAUUUCAGGAGAGAAGUGUGUGUGAUUUAGAAAAGAGAGAGAGAGUGUGUGUGAAACCACUAGAAGAGGCUUCAACUCUGCAACACACACAACAUAUCAUUUAAAGCUCCGGGCUGCGGAGGACAGAAGCUGCCUUCAGUGUCGAGGUGGAAGAAGACAAAAGAAGAUUAGAGAAAGUUCUCACAGGGCAGCUGAUCUGUUUUGUUUCUACGAGAGGACAAGAAGAAGAAGAAUAAAAGGCAGUAGAAGAAGAAGAAAAGGAGGCCAACAUGUCCAACGCUCUGCUGAGGAGAAACUCCAGCAAACAGGGUUUACAAAACCUGAUGAGACUGACGGCUCAGAGGAGCAUUGAGGACGCCGAGGAGGUGGAGCGGGAGCGUCGACGAAGAGCUCGCGAGACUUCAAGCUGGACGGACGGCGGCCCGCUACAGGGAGAGUCUUCACUGGAGAACGAGACGCCAGCAGACGAGAAUAUGUACGAUGGUGGUCUGAAGCCGAGUAGCUCCCCGUCUCUGGAGGAAGACGAAGGCUUCAGCGACUGGACUCAGCGUCAAGAGAAACGGAGGCAGCAGCGUCUGCAGGAGCUCGGCCAGGGAGGCCAGGAGGCGGGGGAGGAAGAGGAGGUCACCACAAACAAAACCGUACCUGCAAAAGCCUCGAACGCAGCACACAGACGAGCGCAGAGGCAGGAGCAGGAGGAGAGAGAGAAGAGCAGGAUAGAGAUGGAGAGGAGGAAGGAGCGUGAGGAGGAGGAGAGGAGGAGGGAGAAAAAGAGGGAGGAAGAAGAGGAGAAGAGGAAGACAGAGGAGGUGAUGAUGAGAAGGAGGGAGGAAAGUCAAAGGCCGAACGCAGAGGUGGAGACAAGAAAAGAAGUUAAGAUCUCAUACACAUCCAAGGUUUUCCUUCAACAAGAGCCGAAACACAGCAACGCCAACGGAGACGCGACCAACCAGGAAGUGACAUCACACAUGAGGAGCAAGACCAAACGAACCACCAGCAGAAGCAUGGAGCCGGAGGAGUCGGAGGCCAUCCUGGAGACGGAGCAGCGUCUGGAGAAGAUCCGGCAGAGCCUCCAGCAGAAGGGGAGCCACGAGCUGGAGCAGCUGAGACACAGGCAGGCCGAGGCCGAGCAGGAACUGGAGGAGCUGAAGAGGAGGAGGGGGGAGAGACGUCGAGUCAGAGAGGAGGAGGAGCAACGGAGGCAGGAGGAAGAGCAGCAGCGGCUGGCCAGAGAGGAGGAGGAGAGGAGGCGGAUGAAGGAGGACAUCGAGAGGAGGAGGAUGGAGGCAGCGGAGAGGAUGAAGAGCCUGAGUACGUCCAGCGUGGACGGAGACGAGAUGUUCAGCCCGUUCAGUCCCAAAGCUCCCACACACAAGAUAACGGAGAGAACGGAGUCGCUAAACCGCUCGCUGAAGAAAAGUAACAGCUUUAAGAAGACGCAGCCGCUCGUCCUGCUGCCAAAGAUCGAUGACAAGAUGGAGCAGUACGCACACGCUGUGGAGAACUCCCAGGAGUUGCGGGCAGUGAAGGCGUCACUCAGCGACCUGCCCAGCUCACCCGAGGUCGUCGCCUCAAAGAAAAACCUGUUUGAGGCGGGAGACACCUGGAACCCGAGUCCCAGCAAGGGUGCGCCCUGCAAGGACACGGAGGGGUUGAAGGUGGGCGUGGCCAACCGGAUCACUCAGUGGGUUAAAGGUCCAUCUGAUGGCGGCAGACAGUCUCCAUGCAGACCGACAGAUGUGAAGGCCGGAGAUGUGAUGCAGAAAAAGAACAUGUGGGAGGGGAUCAGAGACUCGUCCGAUCAGCCGGGACACAGAGCCAAGGGUUCAGCCGCUGGUAAAAAGUACAAGUUCAUCGUCACCGGUCAUGGAAAGUACGAAAAGAUUCCCAUCGAAGAUGAGGACAGAGAAGACUUCACCAACGGACAAUCUGAUUCAUACCAUGGUGAUUACUGAGGAGUCGUCGUCCUUACAUUUAGCUUCCACCCCGAUCCCAAACAAGCAUCCACCGGCCAUCACACAAGCAGCAAAAUGGAGAACAAAGAAACAGCUCAAGCCCAAAAGGUUUACACAUCAACUGUCCAUAUUUGUCCAAUUUCCUCUUAAAUUUCGUUUUGUGUAUAUAUCUGACUGUGAGCUUUAAUGUUCCUGUAAUAUUUUCCACUACAGUUUGUAGAUGAAUCAAUCCUUGUGUGUGUCAGGAAACAUGCAUAUAUUUUAUGUAGAAAAAGUUUGUAUUUCUCAAUCAUUUUAGUAAAGUUUCAGCGUCAUACAGAUGAUAAUUAUGAAAGUAAGAAAAUAAAAACUGACAGAAUCUCGGCUCAGCACACCUGGUGCAACCAUUUACCCAAAGCUUAGUCAUGCAGACACCUGAUCUAUACAAUCAAACGUUAUGUCCUCUGUUUUUUUUUUAUGUACCCGAGUAGUGUCUUCAGCCGUGUCUCUGUACUACUGCACACCUUUGUCACCUUUAUAUCCUUCUACUGAGACUUCUUUGUGUUUAUAACCCUUUUUCUUAAAUAAAUUAAAAAUAUUUUCUA